AGCGCUCCCCAGCGGCGGGCCGUCCGCGGGGCGCUGGGCGGCGCGGCGGCCCCGCUCCCCGCGGGCGGCGAGGCGGUGCCGCACAUGGUGCCCGCGGCGGUCGGCGGCGGCGGCGGCGGCUUUUCGGUGCGGCGCUGCACCGACCCGACGACGAAUGCGAUCGUCGCCGGCUCGUACCUGCCAUCGGGCUCGAACCACGGGCGGCCGGUGUACAAGAAGACCCAGCAGGUCCGUGGUUUCGACGUGCUCGCAUACUUCUGGGACGAGCGGGACGGCGUGCAGAUGUCGGGCUGGUGGUUCGGACCAGCCGUGGGGGCGGACAACGUCUGGGCCUACAACGCGGACCGCAAGGGCCUCAAGCCGCCGCAGGCCGGCUGGCAGGACCGCGGAUUUUCUGGAGGUCGCCGCAAAGCAAGCCCACACCUCCGACGAUCCCAUCCUGUUCCAUCGCGGCGUUCUUCCUUGCUUUCGCCCUUUGGGGGGCCGCUUGUGGGCCCUGGGGC